AUGAAGCAAAAGUUGGUGAUCAAUGUGUCAAUGAACAAGGAAAAGUCACGGCUCAAGGCGAUGAAGAUAGUCGUCGGUGUCCACGGCGUUGACUCGGCGUCGUUGGCCGGGCCGGACAAGACCCAAAUUGAAGUCACCGGCGACGGAAUCGACUCGGUGGCACUCGUCACUCUGCUUCGGAAAAAAGUGGGGUUCUCUGAACUGGUGAGCGUCGGCCCUUUGGAAGAGAAGAAGGAGGAGGAUAAGAAGCCGGAGGAAGACUCUAAACCGUCGGCUCCCGUCGUAUUGUCAUACGAGUACGGUGGUGGACAGCCUCACUACGUCUACCAAAUGAGCCCUGCCGCCGGCGGGUACUAUUACAAUAAUAAUUACCCUUAUCUUUGGAAUUAA